GGCUCGGCGGUGCGGAGCCCAGAAUGCCUGUAGCUACACUCCUGUCAUUUAGACCCAGAUAUUUGGUGAAAAUGAGUGAAAUGAACCCGGCACUUAAAGGAAGAUUAUCCUGCUCACCAGAUGUCUGACAGCUCUUCUUGCAACAUUGGCUAUUGGUUUUCACUGCCUUCACAAGAUCAGAAUUACUCCAGAAAUUGGAGAGUUUGAUUUAAAAGAAAAAACUUAAACAAAUGGACAAUAUGUCUAUAACUAAUACACCAACAAGUAAUGACGCCUGCCUGAGCAUUGUACAUAGUUUGAUGUGUCAUAGACAAGGUGGAGAAAGCGAAACGUUUGCAAAAAGAGCAAUUGAAAGUUUGGUAAAGAAGCUGAAAGAGAAAAAAGAUGAAUUGGAUUCCUUAAUUACAGCUAUAACUACAAAUGGAGCUCAUCCUAGCAAGUGUGUCACCAUACAGAGAACACUGGAUGGACGGCUUCAGGUGGCUGGUCGGAAAGGAUUUCCUCAUGUGAUCUAUGCCCGACUAUGGAGGUGGCCUGAUCUACAUAAGAAUGAAUUAAAACAUGUUAAAUAUUGUCAGUAUGCAUUUGACUUAAAAUGUGAUAGUGUCUGUGUGAACCCCUAUCACUAUGAACGUGUUGUGUCACCUGGAAUUGAUCUCUCAGGAUUAACACUGCAGAGUAAUGCUCCACCAAGUAUGUUAGUGAAGGAUGAAUACGUUCAUGACUUUGAGGGACAGCCAUCCUUGCCCACUGAAGGACAUUCAAUUCAAACCAUUCAACAUCCACCAAGUAAUCGUGCAUCAACGGAGACGUACAGUGCCCCAGCUCUGCUAGCCCCGUCUGAGUCUAAUGCCACCAGUACCACCAACUUCCCCAACAUUCCUGUGGCUUCCACAAGUCAGCCGGCCAGUAUUCUGGCAGGCAGCCAUAGUGAAGGACUGUUGCAGAUAGCUUCAGGGCCUCAGCCAGGACAGCAGCAGAAUGGAUUUACUGGUCAGCCAGCUACUUACCAUCAUAACAGCACUACCACCUGGACUGGAAGUAGGACCGCACCAUACACUCCUAAUUUGCCUCACCACCAAAACGGCCAUCUUCAGCACCACCCGCCUAUGCCGCCCCAUCCUGGACAUUACUGGCCAGUUCACAAUGAGCUUGCAUUCCAGCCUCCCAUUUCCAAUCAUCCUGCUCCUGAGUAUUGGUGUUCCAUUGCUUACUUUGAAAUGGAUGUUCAGGUAGGAGAGACAUUUAAGGUCCCUUCAAGCUGCCCUAUUGUAACUGUGGAUGGAUAUGUGGAUCCUUCUGGAGGAGACCGCUUUUGCUUGGGUCAGCUCUCCAAUGUCCACAGGACAGAAGCUAUUGAGAGAGCAAGGUUACACAUAGGCAAAGGUGUGCAGUUGGAAUGUAAAGGUGAAGGUGAUGUUUGGGUCAGGUGCCUUAGUGACCAUGCAGUCUUUGUGCAGAGUUACUACCUGGACAGAGAAGCUGGACGAGCACCUGGUGACGCUGUUCAUAAGAUCUACCCAAGUGCAUAUAUAAAGGUCUUCGAUCUGCGGCAGUGCCACCGGCAGAUGCAGCAGCAGGCGGCGACUGCUCAAGCUGCAGCUGCUGCCCAGGCAGCCGCUGUGGCAGGAAACAUCCCUGGUCCCGGGUCUGUAGGUGGAAUAGCCCCAGCAAUCAGUCUGUCCGCUGCUGCCGGCAUCGGGGUAGAUGACCUUCGUCGCUUGUGCAUACUCAGGAUGAGCUUUGUGAAAGGCUGGGGCCCGGAUUACCCGAGACAGAGCAUCAAGGAAACACCGUGCUGGAUUGAGAUCCACCUCCACCGCGCUCUCCAGCUCCUUGAUGAAGUGCUCCACACCAUGCCCAUCGCAGACCCGCAGCCUUUAGACUGAGAGCUCUCACCACGGACGCCCUAGCCAUUUUCAGGAUGGUGGACUAUGAAAUAUAAUUCUGUUUAUAAUCUGAAGAUCUAUUGCAUUUUUGUUCUGCUCUGUCUUUUCAUAAAGGGUUGAAGAUGUGUUUGCUGCCUUGCUCUUAGCAGACAGAAACUGAAUUAAAACUUUUUUUCUAUUUUAAAACUUUUCAGGCAUGGCUCAGAGCUUGAAGAUCAGGAAGACCCAAUUCUUACUAAAUCUUCUCUGGUUGUUAUGUAUGAAGGAGUCACUCCAGUACUGGGAACUCAGCCCUUGACGUGUGCGAGAGCUGCUCAUGCUCAGGACACUGGUGUGUUCCUCUGCAGAGCAGUUGUCAAAGUUAGCUCACCUGUUACUUAGCGAGCAGGUUAUUGCUGGACACGCCGUGUUCAGGUGCCACAUGGGCGAGUCAGUUUUACUGAAAGCAACUUCACUCUGUUUUAAAAAUCUUUUAUCAACCUUUUGUCCAGAAUGUUUUUUGCAAGUUAAACAGUGAAGGUGAAUUAAAUUCAUACUGUCUUGCAGACGUCAGGGUUUUUUUCCCCCCAAGACAAAACACUAAUCUGUGUGCAUAGUGACAGUUAUUUGCAAUUACCGGUCAAAGAAAUGCCAUGCAGAUUUUUUUUUAGCCCUAAUGGAUGACCAUUAUCAAGAUGUGUACUUUUGCCCUGUUAAACAGUAGAUGGAUUCUUAUAUAUUUCUAGGCAUAUGGUUGGUUAUAAAAAAGCCUAGUGGGAAUUUCUUUGCCCUUAAUUCACAGGGAGAAGGUUUUGUAUUUAUAAAAACACUAAAAACAGUGUUGCUCUGCCUGAUGCUUCACUGUUCUGCAAGGUGGCAGUGCUUCAACUAAAAUAAUGACUAUUUUGGAAACUGCUAAAUUCUCUGUUAAAUGCUGUGCAGAAUAAUGGAAACAUUGCGGUUCGUAAUAGGUAGUUUGGGUAUUUUUGUACUUGAUUUGAUGUGUGACUUUUUUUCAUAUACUGUUUAAAUCAUGUAUGUUUUGACAUUGUUUAAAAUUCAGUUUUUGUAUCUUGGGGCAAGACUGCAAACUUUUUUAUACCUUUUGGUUAUUCUAAGCCCUUUGUUUGACAUCAUCGAUGAGUCGGCAGUGACUUUGUAUAGAGACUGAACUAGAGAAGCUGCAGAUGCGUUGACUGUACCACAGACACAUGUAUACUUUUUACCUAGUUAGUAGCGUAAAUAAAACUGAGUCUCAAUAUACAAA